AUGUUCAAGUCCAAGGCAACCCCUCUUCCCCCCGAGACAGACUACACCAAGAACCUCCGCGAGACAUCUUUCUAUCGUUAUGGGAACCUACGUUCACUCGGUAUCACAGGUGAGAUCGCCUCCAUGGCGGUGGAUCCCCUUCUCUCCCUCUUCGCAAUCGGUACAACCUCUGGCUUGGUUCACUGUUUUGGCGAGGCCCCUUUUCAAUUCACUUUACCCGUCGCUCCCGCCACUCCAUCUUCUCCGCCAGCGUCCAUCAAGUUUCUCUUGUUCCAUCCUGGAAACUCAAGACUCAUCGCCAUCGACGCUGGCAACACAGUGCAUUCGUACAGCCUGGCCCAUAUGACGGAUUCCCCAACUCCACUAAACCACCCACCUCUUCCCACCAAAGAAGGGGCGUACACGUUAUUCGGGGUGAUCACCGCCGUAGAUCAACCUAUGGCUAGCUUCACACACUUGUUUCUGACUAUGCAAGAUGGAGCGACUUUAUGCUGGGAUUCGAGCAGGAGGGCCAUGGGCAGUUGGAGGACGGGCAACUGUUGGGGUGAAUUCGAGGAGAAGAUGGUUCGUAGCGGUCUUCCCGGGAGGCACAAGACACUUGGAGGACCUCAGGCGACAUGUUUAGCUAUCAAUCCCCGCGACAUCAACGUGACGCUCAUUGGGUAUGAAGGCGGUGUGGUAGCCUGGGAUUUUCAAAAGAAUGCUGUGGUGAAGACAUUUGAGAUGCUGCUACCUCCAGGAGCACCUGGCGGGAGUACAUAUGAGGAGGCUGAUAAUUCGCUUUGGACUGAACGUACACCUGCUGUCUCCUUUAUCACCUGGAGACCGGACGGUCUCGUAUUUGUGGUCGGUCACGCGGACGGCUGUAUGACCUUCUGGGCGUAUGCUGAAAGUGACAAACCUCUCAUGGUUCGAACGGUCACGCACGAGGAUGUUAACGUCACCGACGCCGAAUCACUUUUCUCAGCUGGAGCACUGAAUAAUCAGACCCGCAAGGAAAAAGCCGAGGAGAUGGCCCGACGAGAAAGGGAGCCGAUUUUCAAACUUGCUUGGGUCAGCUUUCCUGAUCAAGCCGGACUCAAGGCUAUCGUCACUGCACAAACCACAGAUCCGACCCUGGAGCCACCUUCCAAUGCUACUGCAGAGUAUGUGGAGCGAGGCGAGACAUUACUCCUCAUACUUGGGGGACAAUGUGAGGGGGAACGUCCAGGAAUCAACAUACUUCAGUUUCCUGCUUACCAACCUCCCCCACUCAAGAAAGCUCAAGCUGGCGUCGUUCCAUCUGAAAGUCUUCCACUGGCCGACCGCUAUGCUUUCAGAGACUCACUCAUGCCUACUGGUAGUUCAUAUUAUCCCACCAAAACUCCUCCCGAGGAUUUCAUCCUCCUGCCUCGCUCAAACCCGUACUUCAAUCUUUCUCACGAUCCUAUCGCCCUGAUCAUCUCCCUCACUCCUGAUCCGAGCUUGUCAUCCGCCGCUUGUCCCGCACGUGGAUUAGAAGCAUGGGCUUUUCCACCUCCGAGAUCCAACGUCAUACCUCCUUCCCCAGGACGCAAAAAUUUCGUACAGCCUGGAGAAGGCGAGAAAGUGGUGGCGGUGACACCAGCUCCAAUACUCUCUCCACCUAUGGGUACCCCUAAAAGCCCCAUGUCCGGCUGGAAGCUACCUUGGACGUCGACUCCCAGUCCGAAAGCUUCAUUUCCCGCUCCUUCUCUUCGUGUGACCACACCGGAUUCGAUGACCUCAAUAGCGUCUGGUUCUGGGCGUAAGCGUGUCAUUCGACGUAGACAGUAUCGUAUGCCUGCCUCACUAUGGACCGGCUCCAUGUCGGUUCUAGGUUGCGAACUACACUCCCUUCCUACACCAACUUUCAAGAAGCUCAUCAGCUUCUCCAUCGAAAACUCUGGAAAUGAACGUAAACCCCGACUUCCCAUACGUGGGGGAAUGGCCGUACCGGAUCUUCAGUCUCACGGAGCUCCAGAGGUAAAAGUUACAAAAAUGGAAAGUUACAGAUUAUUCGUCACUUGGCAUCCAGAUGCCUGCGUGAGAUUCUGGGAUGCAUCCCCGCACAUACUCGUUCUUCCCACGCCACUCCGGUUUGAAUACCCCGGUCCACUUCCACAUCUGACAAUCUCUAUUGGUGAUUAUCUCAAACACCCAGAUUUGGCACAUCAACCUUUGGCAAAAUUGUGGCAAAUGGAUCGGUCAAAAGUACGCAUCAAGUCGGUUCAUCUGACUCGAGAGUCGUUGGAAUGUAUCAUAACCAUGGUCACCGGAGAAGUCAUAGUGACGAAGUUUGGUCAGGCAAAGGUUGGUUUCAUGCCUGAAGACGAGGUAGAAGAGUUGGACGAUGAGACCGCUCCUAGGGAAUCUUACUUUCCUCCACAAACUCCUAAGACGCCAAAAACUCCCAAUACGUCUGGAACAGUAGAGUGGGCCGAGGAAAUGACGGAGAUCGGACAUCUUGCAAAGUGGGCAGAGGAUGGCUUCAAACCCGUGGCGUUGUUCUCUCUGAGGCGAGGAGAACCAAUCGCCUGUGCAGUGUCGGACAUAGGAUUCAUAGCCGUGGCAUUCUCCCAAAAGUCUCUGGCUGUGUUCGACAUGCGGGGACCUGACGUGAUCCUCCGUGAAGGAUUUGACCAAGAUGGUGAGGCGUUAAAACGGCGGAAAAAGAAAGGCAACGUACAGAACGUUCCUGCUGAGCAAAGUCUUGUGGGAUCAUUACAAUGGGUUGUGUCGGGCAUGGGUCCCGAUCCUACUCCUAGACCUCGAUUAAUCGUUUCUUAUUCCAAAGGAAUGACCAAAAUAUACACUCUCGUCAACGUGUUAGGCGAAUGGAUGAUAGAGGCCAAACCUCCAACGUUCACGAACGAAUCUCUCGCUGGUCCAUUAGCUUCAUUCAUUGUGGACCCGGCAACAGGUAACGAGAUGACUGCUUCUGCUCAGAGUUUGUCACAAUCUCUACAAACGGGAGCUAUGGAUAAAGAUAAGAACGCCCCUCCUCAUUGUUUGUGGAUUGCAGCUAGUAAGAAGAGCAUUCGUUGUGCUGUUAAUUAUUCCGGGGAAAGGGUGGCAAAGGUGGAAUUGGAGGAAGAAGAGUUGUCCAGCGUGUUUUAUAUCACUCGACAUGGUCAAAAAGUUCUAGUGGCUCUCACUACGCACGGUACAGCCAUAUUCUAUUCUGUUCCAUUUUUGGAGUAUAUCACCACUAUGGACCUUUCUUUUGGUAUUGACAGUCGGACCUUGGGCAAAAUCUCAAUGGAUGACCGUUCUGGUGAUUUCGUAGAAUAUCACUCUCCAAACGAAAUUAACCUCCGAACUUUGUUCUUAUUCCGUAAACCUCUUCCUCCUCGAUUAGACGCAUGUACUCUCCGUCGACCCAUCCCUGCUCAGCCUCAGCCAGUAGGUGCUACUUGGGGAGCUUGGAUUUGGGGUGGGGCACCUUUGACCGGAGCUGCAUUGGAUGCGAUAGUCGCAGGUCCUACCAGACCCCCAUUACCUAAACCACUACCUGCACCUAAAAGAUCUUUGAUAUCAUGGGGUGAUCCACCUGAUGAAACUGUCAAAGUAGUAACGCCAGCCACUACAACAGUUCCGCCUAAACGUACAGCAGUGAAGAAACAGACUGCUCCGAAUAGAGAUUCUAGAGAGAGGGAAGAUGCAUACACGGAAUUAGUUCAUGCGACACAAGAACGUGGUAAUUACCUUGAUGAUCUUGGAGAACACAUGAAUCAAGUUUCCAUCAGCGCUUCUAAUUAUCUAAGUUCAGCACGUAAUGCAGCUAUGAAACAAGCAGCCAAAACUGCCGUCACGGGAGUAUUCGGUAAACUCAUGUAG